CUCCAUAAUAUGCUUUUCUCUUUUUCUGGAACCAAAUUCUUAUAUGUCCAUUAUGUUGAAUUAUGUUCGUACGCUCGUCUCAGAAAAUAGAAAAAGAUUCAUUGAUAAUGAUGUUAAUUUGGACUUAAGCUACAUUACGGACCGAAUUAUUGCAAUGUCAUAUCCUUCAGAGGGCCUUGAAUGUUUAUACCGUAAUUCAAUAACAGAAGUGAAAAAAUCCCUUUUUUGUCUGUCAAGAUUCCUCGACCGUAGACAUGCAGGCCAUUACAAAGUGUAUAAUUUACGAAGUGAAAAACAGUAUACUCUCUCAAAGUUCAGCAAAGAUCAUCAGGCACCACCUUUUACUAUUUUAAUAGAAUUUUGUCAAGAUGCAUCAUCAUGGUUGAGAGAGGACGCUAAAAAUGUAGUCGCUAUUCAUUGCAAGGCAGGUAAAGGGCGAACAGGUACUGUCAUUGCUGCUUUAUUACUUCACCUGGGUAUUUCGAAUACUUCUUCUGAGGCGAUUCGAAUGUAUGGGGAAAAGCGUACAAAAGAUUCCAAGGGUAUAACUAUUCCUAGCCAAGUUCGUUACGUUGAAUACUAUGAAUUCAUGUUGAGACUUUACGCUUCGAAUUGAAGAUAGUUUUGGAAACUGUAUAUUUGAGAAACACGCUUCUAGCUUGUGUUUAAGUCGCACGACAGAUGAAAUUCUAAUCG